GGUAAAAUUUCUCCGGGGAAGGUGGAUGGAUGAUUCAUUCUAGUUCUAAUAAAAAAAAAAAGUUUCGAGGAAAGUGCAUAUGGGGUGAUAUUUAUUAUUUUACAAAGACAUUUGUCAAGUUUUAAGUGAGAUUUAUUCGGUACCGAUCAUACACGUAAGUGUCUCAUUCGUGGUAUAUUCUUUACCUUUCAGCUUGCUAAUCCAGAUUAGAUGAUUAACCCCUACCAACUAAAGCACAGCUAUUUCAAGUAGGCGUUUAAAAUUGUUACUUGCUUCCUUGAACACUUGCUACAUAUUGUUUUACCAAAAAAAAAGAAAGGCCUCAGUGUAACAGCAGCCGAAGUCCAAACUAAUCGUCUACAUCUUCAACAUCUGGCACCCCAAACGAAACAAAGCACCAUAUAUUUCAAACAAUGCUCAGAAAGUGCACUUCCCUCAGCAGAGGCAGCCUGCCCCACCACGUGAGGGACACUGCCAGUAUAAGCCUCCACAGUGGGGCAAUGCCCAAUUUUAAAGCGGAAAAUGUAAUAAUUUGGCAAGUUAAACUUUUUUGAUAACGACAAGACAGUCCAAAUCAACUAAUCUGUAACCUAUUUAUUCCUGAACGACAUCGUGUUUGCAAAGUAAAAAGCUUGACAAAAAAGUGAAGAAAUCACCUCAAAAUAAGAGAAAAAUUAAAGGUAUAAUAAAGCCCGCGUUAAGCAUCCAAAAACCUUUGUCAUUUGUCACCGUCACAUCCAGAGUAAAAUGUUCUCUUUAGUCUUUAGUUUUUAUUUAUGGUAGCUGUCGAUGAUUUCUUAGGCUUCUCUCUCUAUCUCUCUCUCUUCUGCUCAUGUUUUUUUGCUUCCUCGGGUUCUGCAUAAGCAGAAGCGAAAUACAAAUAAUGUUGGCCCGUUUCACGGACCACCGUAGCUUAUGCAGAGCCACUGCAAUUGGGUACUUGUUUCUGUUACUCUUCUCUUUCUUCAUCAGCAUUUCUACUUCUUGUUCUAAUGGAAACUGCCAGAUUCUGGAUUCAUGUUCACUGGCUACAGAUUGUGGUCCAGGUCUUUAUUGUGGAAACUGCCCUGCUUUGGGCAAGACUCAACCUUACUGUAUCAGAGGCCAAGCUACCAUACCCACUUCUGUUAUUGGUGGAUUGCCUUUCAACAAGUAUUCAUGGUUGGUGACCCACAAUUCAUUCAGCAUAGUGGAUGCACCACCUUUGCCAGGUGUUCAAAGAUUGACAUUUUACAAUCAAGAAGACACUGUUACUAAUCAGUUGAUGAACGGAGUGAGGGGGCUGAUGUUGGACAUGUACGAUUUUGAAGGUGAUAUUUGGCUCUGCCAUUCAUUCCGGGGGCAAUGUUUCAACUUCACUGCCUUUCAACCUGCAAUUAACACCUUGAGGGAAGUGGAAGCAUUCUUGAGUCAGAAUCCAACGGAGAUUGUAACCAUUAUAAUUGAGGAUUAUGUGCAUACACCAAAAGGAUUGACUAAGCUUUUCACAAAUGCUGGUUUGGACAAGUAUUGGUUUCCUGUGUCCAAGAUGCCAAAAAAGGGUGAUGAUUGGCCUACUGUGAAUGAAAUGGUGCAAGCAAAUCACAGGCUUUUGGUUUUUACUUCAGUUGCUUCGAAGGAAGCAGAGGAAGGAAUAGCUUAUCAAUGGAAGUAUAUGUUGGAAAAUGAAGCUGGAGAUCCAGGGGUAAAGGCAGGCUCAUGUCCAAACAGAAAAGAAUCACGGCCACUUAAUUCAAAAAGUGCCUCCCUUUUCCUUAUGAAUUACUUUCCAACUUACCCAGUUGAAGAUGAAGCUUGCAAAGAGCAUUCAACACAACUUGCCGACAUGAUUGGCACCUGCUACAAAGCAGCGGGGAAUAUGAUGCCAAACUUUUUGGCAGUCAACUUUUACAUGAGGAGUGAUGGAGGAGGUGUUUUUUAUGAUCUGGAUAGCAUGAAUGGCCAGAGAUUAUGUGGAUGUAGUACUAUUGCAGCCUGCCAGGCUGGAGCACCCUUCGGAUCUUGCAAGAAUAUUUCUAUACCUACUCCAAGUCCGGUGACCAAUACUGGUGGAAGCUUUUCUGGAUCUGUUCAGUUCUCAAGAUCUGCUUCAACGGUCUAUCAUCCUAAUCACUUGAUUGUUGGGUUGCUUUCUUUUCCAUGGAUAAUGCUUUUAUUUUGACUAGAAUAGAUAAUUUUCAGGAUAGCAUCUACACUUUUAGGGGGGCUUAUAAAAUGUCUGUACGUAAAUUUUGGAGUCGAGGAUUAGUAUACUGCAUCCCUGCCUUAUUGGGUGAAGGUCAAGGAAUGCUUGUCAUGGUUAUAGACUUUGAUUACAAUUAAAAAUCUCUUUAGAUUCUUCUGUUAAGGCAAAAUCAAAUGGUUGUACUGGAAGCUGAGUUAGAUACAAACCAAGAGAGAACUGGAAUGUACUGAGUACAGUUCAGGUAUGCAAUUUGCUUCACUAUAGUAUGAUUCAUAUGGUUAGGUGCAUGAUUAAGUUCCACUAUGUUAUUUGUCUGAUAAAUUGCUAUCCAUUAGAUAUGAGCUUUAUUGUACCUUAUCAAGUUUCCUUUAUCAAUUAAUUUAGAGAUCCAUAUUACCAUAAGCUUUUAUUAAUCACUUUUCGUACCAUAAUCUUUUCUUGUCAUGAAAGAACCAAUAACAGACAGUGUAAAAAUUAUGGCAACAAAGUAAAGAACCUCCUCCAGGUAUUAGGAUUACUCAUAACUUCUGACUGUUGCUAUUGAGCUUGAUAACUGUAGCACAACUGAUGCCCGCAAUUCUUUGUUGCAUAGAGACGAAUGUUGCACUUAGAAAUGGCAUUAAUAAGACCCUGGCACUAGUUUCACUUUAUAUAUGCUUUGACUUCGAUAUUAUUCUUACUAAAAUCUUUUCUUGUCAUGAAAGAACCAAUAACAGACAGUGUAAAAAUUAUGGCAACAAAGUAAAGAACCUCCUCCAGGUAUUAGGAUUACUCUUAACUUCCGACUGUUCUGCUGUUGAACUUGAUAACUGUAGCACAACUGCUGCCAGCAAUUCUUUGUUGCAUAGAGACGAAUGUUGCUCUUAGAAAUGGCAUUAAUAAGACCCUGGCACUAGUUUCAUAUUAAUAUAUGCUUUGACUUCGAUAUUACUCCUAAAAUACUUGAACAUCGUAGGAAAUAUAUGCUUCUAUUUUAGGCAGUGAUGUUAGGCUUAGGUGCUUAGCAGAUCUUUCCGCACCUUCUUUUUUUUUUUUUUUCUUUUUUGUGGUUUCAGCAGCUCUUCCCAAACAUGCUUCUCCUGCCCCUUCGUUUAAAUUGGGUACCCUGGCUCAUACAGACAUCAUCUCGGACCCACAAGGCUUCCACCGAAAAAGAGAAAGGUUUUGAAAGAUUUAA